ACGCUGACUCGCAGAGGCUGGAGAUGAAUCCAUGAAGUUUUAAUUCAUUUGUCUGUAAUUUCGUUUCUCCGCCGUAGGGAGAAGUUUUGUGUGUUUGUGAAUAUUCACAACGGAGAGCCCUGUCGUUGAACAUUGUUCUCGUCGAAGCCGCCGUCGGACCAACGGCUCCACGUUAGCUGAACAUGUCUGCGGAGGAAGGGGACAAAACAGCCACCACCGAUGCCAGCGCAGGAGACGAGGAGGAGGAAUGGCUGUACGGAGAUGAGUCUGAGAGCAAAGACGAGGAUGAAGAGGCCAAGCUGAACGCGGCAGUCAGUGCACCUGCUGAUGCUUCCACAGAGGAGGCUGCUGCACACGCUACAGGAAAUGGAGUGGCCUCUGAGGCCACAGGCGAAGCAGCAGGUGAAGACGUGGACAGUGACAGCGACAGUGAUGAUGACGACGAUGAUGUCCGGGUCACCAUUGGAGACAUUAAAACUGGAGCACCACAGUACACGACUUAUGGAGCUCCUCCUGUAAAUCUCAACAUAAAGACAACAGGCUCCAGACCUUACGGACAAGCCAUGAAAAUGAAGGGAGUGGAUCUUGAUGGUCCUGGAAACAUCAAUGGGGUUCCAGUGGUGGAGGUGGAAAUGGAGUCCUUUGAGGAAAAACCCUGGAGAAAGCCAGGAGCUGAUCUGUCCGACUACUUUAACUAUGGCUUCAAUGAAGACACGUGGAAGGCUUACUGUGAAAAACAGAAGAGGCUGCGGAUGGGUCUGGAGGUCUCCACAGUCGGCUCUGUUACGAGUAAAAUCACUGUUCAGCAAGGCAGGACAGGCAACGAUAAAGACAUAUCCAGUUUGCCAGUUCAUACCUCGAAGCCAGAUUUCCCAUCUCCCGCCAGCCUGUACAAGUCUGCCGUCAGUCAGGUCACCAGGAUCUCUCCCCCUCAGUGGACUGGCCCGCCUGCCCCGGACAUGUCCUAUUAUACGAUCUCUCCCCCUCAGUGGACUGGCCCGCCUGCUCCGGACAUGUCCGAUUAUACAAAGAGUGGUACCAUCGAUGUGAUCGGUGGAGGGACGGCCACCAUCAGCAGGGUUGAAGGGCGACGCCGACACAACCUAGAAGGCAACAAUAUCCAGGUGAUCUCUGAACACUCCACAACAGAUGCUGAGCCCACUCCAGCGAAGAUGCCCACCUUCUUCCCCCCUGGACCUCUUCCUCCAAACAUACCCCCACCUCCAUUUCUCCCUCCCCCCCCGAAUGUCAGCACUGCACCCCCGCUCAUCCCGCCACCCAGGUUGCCCAUCACAGUCCCUCCUCCUGGUUUUCCUCCUCCACCAAGUGGGCCUCCACCUGCUAUCAUCCCCACUAUGGACAGUGGCCACCCUGGAGGUUAUGAUGGACGCUCCAUCCCUCCGUACCCGUUCCCUCAAGGUGCUUACCCUCCACCCAUGGCCGGAGGCGUGCCUCCUCCGUGGCCCCCGAUGAUGGACAACUCCAAACCCUGGGAUUAUUAUUCCCGUCGAGACGACAAGAGAGAAAAGGAGAGAGAGAGACCCAGGGAGAGGACACAUGAGCGGGAGAGAGAACGGGAGCACAGUCCUUCGGCUAUUAGCUACACCAGCGACGAAGAGCGGUAUCGUUACCGUGAGUACCAAGAGCGUGCCUACGCAGGAGAGCGCCAUCGUGAACGCGCAAGUCGAGAAAAAGAGGAAAGGCACAGAGACAGGCGGCACAGAGAGAAAGAGGAGGGACGCCACAAGUCCUCACGCAGCAGCAGCAGCAGGAGGAGGCACGACAGCGAGGAAGGCGACAGCCACCGAAGGCACAAACACAAGAAGAGCAAGAGGAGCAAGGAGGGCAAAGAGGCCGGCGAGGAUAUCGGCGCAGACCAAGAAAACCAGGAGGCCAUGGAGUAGUGAUCUGCCACCUCCCGUCUUUUCUCUCUUUGUCUGUCUGUCUCCACUUCUGUCUUUCCAUCCCCUCUCCCACCAAGAUGAGAAAGAAGGAAGAGAGAAAAUGAGCUUAAAACCAACAAAACCAGAAAGUUCCAGAGUGAGCGAUGUGUCCUGUCACUCCCCUCUCCAUCAGUCUCCAUCCUCCCCCUGCUGUCAUUCCUCCUCACCAUCACGUCAGACAGAGAAUAGAUGGAGCACGGGAGGUGGUGAAGGGGGGAUGUUUGUCCAUCACUAGCUGACAUCAGUCUUCAAACAUCUCCUUCUCUCACCCAGCGCUUCUCUCGGAGCACUGCUGUAAUGACCAGGUCGUGCCCAGAGAUUCACUUUUCUUUUUUUCUGUCACUUGGUUUGUUUGUUGUCCAUUUGAGCUUGUUUUGUGUGAAGACACCUGUAGAGAGCUGUCAGUUUAAGUUCAAUUAAAAAAAAACAUUUUUGAUAAAAAAAGGUCUUUUUGUGGCUUUUUUUGAAAGUCAUAGUUCAAUAAUUCUUCGGUUUCCCAGUAAUGAUCAAUAUUGAUAUUGGUAAAUAUGUAGUCUAUAUGAUUUGGGGUCUAAAAUGUUGUAAUAAAAAUAAAUCCUUUAAAUCCUC